AUGUCGUCUUCCGGUACUUCGAUGAAAGAGAAGUUAUUCAACCUCGCUGUCAGCAACAUUGUGUCCAACGCAGUAAGCAUUGGCCAACGUCUGAACCUUUUCAAGACACUCUCUGAUAUUUCGAGUGAGAAAAAUCCGGUGCUCCCGGAGCAACUAGCUCAGGCAGCUGGAUGCAAAGAGAGAUAUGUCAGGGAAUGGUGCAACUGUAUGGCUUGUGGGAAGAUAAUCGAGGUGAAUGAGGAGGAGAAGUUUUGGAUUAAGGAGGAGAAUGUGGACGCACUUGGCAACUCUUGCUUCGAAUUGGUCAUGAAUGGAAUGAUGGCUCCGCUCCUAGAACCUAUUGAUAAUCUUGUUGAGUGUUUCAAAAAAGAGGGACCCUUUGGACUCGAGUACUCUCAAUUCUCCAAUUUCCAAUCUUUCAUGGGCACCAUGAGCCAAGCGCUCCAUGAGAAACAUGUCGUUUCUGAUAUGCUGCCAGCGAUUGGAAACGGGAUUGUAGAGAAACUGGAAGCUGGAGGAGUUCGUGUCUUGGAUGUUGGUUGUGGCAGUGGAUUCCACUCUUCACUGCUCGCCGAGCAAUACCCGAAGGCUCACUUUGUAGGCCUAGAUAUUGGAAGUGAUGCCAUCAAGCAAGCUAAGGAACGCAAAACAAAGGCUGGGGCAGUUUUCAACAAUCUGGAGUUCAUCGAGUGCGAUGCUGGAAAAAUGCCUGAGAUAUGGACGGAUUCAUUCGAUUUGGUGCUUAUUUUUGAUGCCUGUCAUGAUCAGUGCCGACCGGAUUUGUGCGUUCAAGAAAUCCACCGAGUCUUGAAACCAAAUGGAACUUUCGCAAUGGUCGAGGUCUUGGGAUCCAGCAAUGUUUUCACGGAUAAAUCUACUAUGGGAUCAUUGGCUGCUAUGAUGUAUGGAUGCUCAAUGUUCCAUUGCCUUCCAGUUGGAAGUAACUGCUCAGAAGCGCUGUGCAUGGGAGCCAUGUGGGGUCAAAAACGUGCAGUGGAUCUUUUGAAGAAGUGUGGAUUCCCAGAGGUUCGAGUGGUGGACACACCAUAUUUCCCAAUCAAUUUGAUGUAUUGUGCACAAAAAAUUUAA